UCGAAAUCGGUCGCUGUUUGAGCUGCAUUAUCUGAUCUGAUCUUAUGGCGGGAAGACGUCCGAAAGAGCUGGAGGACAACGACGACGACCUGCUAUAUACAGCUUUCAACAAUUAGAGUUUGUCCUUGGUUUGACUGUGAACCACGAACAUAUCACUGUGAUCGAAGUGAAGGAGAUGGGCAGAGAGACCACACUCCUACAUUACCCCUAUGUGACGAGGAGCCUGGAGCACCUGGUCCGAUUCAUGGACCACAUGGAGAGAGUUUUGAUGGGGCCGGAGAAGUUGAUGAGGGGUCUAUCAAUCGGGUCACGUGGCUCUGGGAUAGGGAAGGCUGAGGACCUGGAGAGGAUCACCCGCAAUAUUCAGAUGAGGGCGGAGGAGAGGAUCUUGGAGAUGGAGGAGAGGUUGGAUAAGAAGUUGGAGAAGAGGCUCGAGAGCAGCCUCCAGCAGAGGCUCGAGAACAGCCUCCAGCAGAGGUUCAAGGAAGUGGAGAACAGCCUCGAGCAGAGGCUCCAGAAAGUGGAGAACAGCCUCGUGCAGAGGUUCGAGGAAGUGGAGAGCAGCCUCAAGAAGAGGAUAGAGGCGGUGCUCGUAGUCGUAGGAGGGCUCCAUGGAGGGCGUUGAUCCAGCUGGAUCAACGCACUCUCCUUUCUUCCCCUCUGUCUCCUCCUCUUUCUUCCCUUCCACCUCUGUCUCCUCACUCCCCUCG